AUGGUCCUUGAGGUGGAAGCUAAAGGCGGAAAUGGAGGGAAAGAAUGGGAUGAUGGAUUCGAAAAGUUCUUCUCUUUUUUUUUUAAGAACGGCUCAGAGUUCGCCCUAGCCGCUUUGCUCCCAGACGCUAAUAUCGAGGAAGGUUUUAGAAGCCAUCUUUCCAGCGCCGGUGAAGGCGUAUAUCGCCGGCGCUGGGAUAUUCCGACAGCUCUUGCUCUCCUCUAUUUAGAUAUUUUCAUGUCACUCAUUUUUAUCGGUCCUCUACCGAUUCAGAAGUUGCUAGGCCACAGCGAAAAGAAGCAUCACCACUCUCCUUUGAGCUCUAUCAGUUCUGACUUUAGCUCCGUGAGUCCCCGGAAAUCUGGUCUAAGAUUCACCUCUCCUAGGUUGUUUUCCAGAUCUGCGGUUUGUUCGCCGCGUAAAGAUUCAACGGUGGUAUCUAUGUGUAAAGACAGCGUCCGACAGCCUCUUCUCCUCCCACCGCAACCGCACCUUACAUCAGCAAAUCCCGACGAUUUGGCAACUAGGAAGCGUGGACCUCCACUCUCAUCCCAUCGACCAGAUCCUGUUUCACGGCGGAUGAUGAACUCGUGUCUUUUGUUACAAGCCGUCGUCACCUCGUUAGCUCCAUCUCUUGCCGGCCUAGUCUCCACAUCUGAUGAUGUCGCCUCCAGAAAAUGUUUCGUCCCCUCCCCCUCAAGCCUCGUCGAGUCUCUUUGGGCCUCCGGUGAGCACAUCCGGUCGCCGGGGAGUGCUCCGUCUCCUUCACCAGGCGGCCUCCGUGGUCUCUGCUCCUCAUCAGACCUAAUCUCACUAGCUUGGGUUUCCUCAAACACUUGGGCCUGGGCGUUCUUUGAUAUAUUGGGCUUUAGCCCUUCUUUUCUAGUCAAGUGUUUUCAGGCCUUACGAGAUCUAACGUUUCACCACUACGGCUCCCUCCAACGAAUCCCUCCGUCUUCUACAUCCAUACUGUACUUAUCAUUAUCAAAUGCAUUUAUGGAAUCGGAGAUGAAGAAAGCAUCAACCGUCUCACCAUCCCGCUCACCGAACAACUUACUCUCCGGAACAACUGAGAUUCACCUAGUCUCCCGGGUUAUCAUUGUCGGUGUUAGAGCUGUUCUCAUUAGUCUAAUGGAUUGUUUAGCCAAUCGUAGCUUCUCAAUCGGGGCAUCUCUGCCUCCCUCCAAACCCUUUCAUUUGGGUGUGUCAACGUCGGUUUUCGACUAUCGUUUGUUCUUUCGAACAUCAGUUUUUGGGUUUCAAGUGAAGCGUUUCUUCGGAAAAGAAUGGGAUGAUGGAUUCGAUUAUGAGGAUGUAACAAAAAUACAUGUACGUGGUGGCCGUGAAGGCAUUCAGUUCAUCAAGUUUGAGUAUGUCAAAGCUGGAAAAACUAUUGCUGGACCAGUCCAUGGUGUCUCGGAUCACCGUGGUUUGACACAGACGCUCGAGAUUAAGCAUAUGGAAAACGAACACUUGCUAUCUGUUGAGGGUUACUACAAUGAAUCUACCGGAGUGAUACAAUCGCUUAAGUUUGAAACUAACAUGAAGACUUCUGAUCUCAUGGGAUACGACGAGGGUACUAAGUUUUCAAUAAGAGUCAUGGGCAAGAAAAUUAUUGGGUUUCAUGGAUUUGCUGAGAAGAAUCUCAACUCUCUUGGCGCAUAUUGCAUCAAGAUACCAUCAACCAAAUCAGCAAUGCAAGGUGGUCAAACUACAGGGAAAAGUUAUGACGAUGGCGGUGACUACGAUGGUGUAAGAAAAGUGUAUGUUACAUCGGAUGGCACUGCAAUUAGGCAUGUCAAGUUCGACUACGACAAAGCUGGCAAUGAGGAAACUCGUGAGCGCGGGGAAAAGAUCGGAACACAACAUGAGUUUACGAUCAAUCAUCCAUAUGAAUAUAUCACAUCCGUGGAAGGAAGCUACGGUGUUACACAACCUUACGGCUGUAUAUCGUCCUUACGGAGAACCUCUUCAACGAUUGGACCAGUGACUGGUACCAAGUUCGUGCUGGAGAGCAAAGGUGAUGCUAUUGUUGGUUUCCAUGGACGGGUUGGUUCAUGUGUUGAUAGCAUUGGUGCAUAUUACUCUCAAGUUCUUCCUUCUCAAGAAACAGCGUUAAAGGUGGAAGCUAAAGGCGGAAAGGGAGGAGUUCAAUGGGAUGAUGGAUCAGAUUACGAAGGUGUAACAAAGAUACAUGUACGUGGUGGUCUUGAAAGCAUUCAGUUCAUAAAGUUUGAGUACGUCAAGGGUGUACAAACUAUUGCUGGGCCAGUGCAUGGUGUCUCUGGUCGUGGGAUGACACAAACGUUUGACAUUAACCAUUUGGAAAAUGAAUAUUUGAGAUCUGUUGAGGGUUACUACGACGUAUCAACGGGUGUAAUUCAGACCCUUAAAUUCAACACCAACAAGAAGACUUCUGAUCUCAUGGGGUUCAACGAGGGUACUAAGUUUUCACUCGCAGUCAAUGGAAAGAAAAUCAUUGGGUUUCAUGGGUUUGCUGAGAAGAAUCUCAACUCUCUUGGAGCAUAUUUCAUCAGGAUUCCAUCGACUAAAUCAGCAAUGCAAGGUGGUCAAACUACAGGCAGAAGUUAUGACGACGGCGGUGACUUCGAUGGUGUAAAAAAAAUAUAUGUUACAUUCGAUGGCACUGCAAUUAGGCAUAUAAAGUUCGACUAUGACAAAGCUGAUCAAGUGGAGACGCGUGAGCGAGGGGCCAAGGAAGGAACAAAAUAUGAGUUUGCGGUUGAUCAUCCACGUGAAUAUAUCACAUCAGUUGAGGGAAGCUACGCUGUUAGAGCAUGUGCAACGCCUUAUGGAUGUAUAGUCCUUAGGUCGUUAACUUUCAAAACAUCAAAAGGGAGAACCUCUCCCACGGUUGGAACAGUGGUUGGUACCAAGUUCGUGCAUGAGAGCAAGGGCAAUGUUAUUGUUGGGUUCCAUGGACGGGUAGGUUCUUGUAUUGAUAGCAUUGGGGUGUAUUACUCUCCUUUGUCUCCUCUUACUCUUCCUUCAGAGAAACUCCAAGGGCACGGUGGUGACGGAGGAGAUUCUUGGGACGAUGGUGUUUUCAAAAACGUGAAGAAGAUAUACAUAGGGCAAGGAGAUGUUGGUAUUGCCUCUCUCAAGUUUGAGUAUGAUCAGAAUGAAACUGGUGAAGUGAUUGUGGGUGAAGAACAUGGAAAGAAAACGUUGCUUGAUUAUGAGGAGUUUGAGCUGGAUUACCCGAGUGAGUACAUUACAUGCGUAGAAGGUUGCUACGAUAAGGUAGUUGGAGCUGAAAGCGGAGUUUUAACAAUGCUUAGGUUCAAGACCAAUAAGCGCACCUCUCCACCAUUCGGACUCGAAUCUUCUUACAGCUUUGUCAUCCAGAAGGAAGGUCACAAGAUCACCGGGUUCCACGGAAAAUCCGGUGACCUGAUUGAUCAGAUUGGGGUCCAUGUUACUCCCAUCGCCGAGUGA